GUCACAUCCUGUGGAGGGAAUUUAACCCGGAAGAGGGGUUAGUUGGGAGUUGGCUGGACCAGGAAACAGUGGAGACCAAGACCAGAACCAGGACCAGGACUCAAGAACAAGCCCAGGACACGCAGACGGAGAGACCAGACUCUGUUUCUGUUCGGUUUCUACAAAUACAAGUGAGACAGCAGCUUUGCACCGUUAGCCGCUUUCAACUAGCCUGCUGCUAACAGCUAACCUGCUGCUACCCGCUAACCUGCUGCUAACCGGGCAGUGACGGGCUCAGGUGUGUUUUCUUCAGGGGACUCGAACAGUAGAAGAAGAAGAUGAGUGGAGGAGGAGUGAACAGCAUCGAUGCAGUGAAGAAGAAGAUCAAGGUUCUGCAGGAUCAGGCAGAGGAGGCCGAGGAGAGGGCGGAGCGACUGCAGAAGGAGGUGGAGAAGGAGAAGAGGAGCAAAGAGGAGGCGGAGGCGGAGGUGACAGCUCUGGGUCGUCGUCUGCAGCUCAGUGAGGAGAAUCUGGACCGAGCUCAGGAGAGACUCUCCACCGCCCUCCACAAACUGGACGAGGUGGAGAAGUCUGCGGACGAGAGCGAGAGGUCGGAGAUGCACCACACCCCCACACCAAACCCCCACACCACACGCCUCCUAUAACAUGCCAUCUUAAUGUUUGAUUGACAGGUGGCUCGUAAACAUCUGAUGGUGGAAGCAGAGCUGGAACGAGCUGAAGACAGAGCGGAGCGAGCUGAGAGUAAUGUUCGGAGGUUGGAGGAGCAGUUGAGGAGUUUUGACCAAUCACUGAAGAGCCUGCAGGCAACUGAAGACAAGUAUUCUCAGAAAGAGGACCGGUAUGAAGAGGAGAUCAAGAACUUGAGUGGGAAACUCAAAGAGGCCGAGAGCAGAGCGGAGUGUGCCGAGCGUUCAGUGGCCAAACUGGAGAAAACCAUCGAUGACUUGGAAGAUACUUUGACUUCAGCCAGAAACGCAAACAUGGAGCUUCAGGCGACGCUGAAUCAGACGAUGGAGGAACUCAACUCCUGCUGAACCCCCCCCCCUCUGAUCGACAUCAGGGAACUCUGUGGCCAAAUGUUCCAUUCACUCUUUAUACUAGCGCCUCCUGCUGCUGACCCUUUGUUACUCCUUCAGCUCCCUCUGGUGGAUGUUGAGGAGUUAGGUUCAAGCUCUGUGGCCAAAACAUUCCUCCCCCUCAUCCUUUAACUCCCUCUGCUGGCUGCUUUGUGUCCUCCCCUCCUCCUCUUAGUGAUUCCUUCUCUGAAUCUUAAGUCACAUUUGAAGUUUCCGACCCUGCUCCUCAAACACCCCCUUUUUCCUCCCCCACUGAAGGGAGGGGCCAGACCAAGAGCUGCUGAUGUUUUUGUCAAUAAGGGAGUUUAUCAGUGACUUACAACCAUUCCUUCGUUAACAACUAAUUAACCCACAAGAAACUAAUUGUUUGUCUGAAAGUUUUCUGUUACUCUGAUUAGAUUUCUUAUAAUAAUAAUAAUAAUAACACAAUAAUUAAUGAUUGAUUGAUUGAUUAGCACUAGCUUCCUGUCAGCUAAUGAUAUAUUGAUUUUGUUUUUGGGUGAAUGGUUUAAAGAAGCCAAUCACAGUGAGGCAUUCCACUGCCAAAUGAGGUUUACCAGGGGCCAAUCAGAGACACACCAAGUCUACAGGUGACCUUUGACCUGAUCAUGAAUAAAGUCCAGAAACGUUUGAACCUGGAAUCUGGUGCCGUCACUGUUUUACUCAUUGUAAUAAAUCAUGUCGAGAUUUUAUAAAUUAAAACAUUGUCACUGGUAUUUAGAUCUAAA